UUGACAGCCAUGUUCUUUUCAUAACCUCAACAUUCCUUAUGCCUAAACAACCCGCAUUUUACUUUAUUUUCGAUAAUUGCCUUAAAGUGCAAUGAAAUUUAAAAAAGCGAACAACUACCAGGUAGCCCCUAACGGGGGCACAAAGCCUGAAAACUUCGACAAGUGGGAAGAAGACUAUCAAGAAACAGUAAAGUGGUACGAAGAUGGGCUGCAGGAGCCCAAAAAGUUCGACCCCGUAACGGAGCAAAUCUUGAUAGAACUUAAAGAGGAGGCCAAAAAAUGCCAUGAUUCAGAAGUGGCUAACUACAAUAUCAAGAAUUCAAGAACUAACUCGAAUUUCCAAUGGAUGAAGACUGUAAUGAACAAGGGAACUGUUGCGGAUAAAAUUGCUGCCCACACCGUGUCAAUCCAGGAUAAUCCCAUUUGCAACUUGGAAACUUUGAGAAACAUGGUGAACAUGGUCAAAGUGGGCAAAAAGAAAGAGUGUUUCACCGUUAUGGAAACCCUGACGGAGCUGUUCAUUUCCUCUCUGCUCAAGCCAGACCAGAAGCUGACACCUUUCCACUCAAAGCCUCUAUCCGCUUUGAAUGAAAUGUCUUCGGGUAAUGCCAUAACAAGGAGGAAGAUACUGAGUCGGUGGCAUUUUGAGGACGAGCUUAAGGAGAUUUUUACCAGUUUUGUGCUGGCUUUGGGUAAAGCCGCCCAAGACACUGUGGAAAGCAACAAGGAAAAAGCGAUUACAGCUAUGUUUAAGCUUUUGGCCGGCAAUCCUGAACAAGAGAAGAAUCUUCUGGCAAGUAUAAUCAAUAAACUGGGAGAUCCAUCUCAAAAAGUCGCUUCGAAAGCCAUCUACUGCCUCACUCAACUACUUUUCAAGCACCCGAACAUGCAAAGCGUGGUGCUAAAGGAGGUGGAGAAGCUUCUUUUUAGGGCCAACAUUAGCAGCAAAGCCCAGUACUACUGUCUGUGCUUUUUGAGUCAGUUUUAUCUCAGUCCCGAGAAUCCUGACGUUGCCAAGAAGAUGAUUGAUGUGUAUUUGGCUUUCUUCAAGGCCUGUGUUAAGAAGGGCGAAGUUGAUAGUAGAAUGAUGUCCGCUUUACUCAUGGGAAUUAACCGGGCAUAUCCUUACUCAAAAUUGGAGUUUGAUGAUCUGUCGGGUCAUGUGGACACUCUAUACAAGCUGACGCAUUUGGCAAGCUUUAACAUUGCGCUUCAGGUCCUGACGCUGCUUUAUCACGUAACGGGGGAGAAAAUGGCUGAUAGGUUCUUUUCCGCCUUGUAUAAGAAGCUGAUGGAUCCCAAAUUGCUCACAACGACACACCAGGCCAUGCUGCUGUCCUUACUGUACAAAUCGCUAAUGAAAGAUACUCAAGUCGAGCGCAUUAAAAUGUUUGUUAAAAGAUUGCUGCAGAUUUGCCUGUUUGUACAACCGUCGUUUUCCUGUGGAAUUUUAUAUUUGAUUACUCAGCUGUUUUCGAAAAGGACCAACUUACAAGCGUUGACUUUAAAAGAACUCGAACUGCCUGACUUGGAUCGCUUUGGCGACGAUGAGGAAAAGUACUAUGAUAUCAAAGAUGAAAAGGAUGACUCGAUUUUACAGUUGGAAGAAAAACCAGGUCCGGCUACAGUUAGCGAAUCUAUUGCUGAUAAUAAUGAAGAAAACGAUUGUACAGAUGAUAUAGAAAUCAAAGAAGAGGAUGAGAAACCGGACAUUAAUGCCUUGGAUGUUUCCUUUAAGGGCAAUGGAUGGGUCCAUGUAGUUCCUUCAGAUAAAAAGGCUUUUAAAGCGAUUAUUAAGUAUAAUCCCAUGGCCAGAAAUCCCCUCUUUGGGGGCGGAGAGUUUUUGGCGUACACAGAAUUUAGAUAUUUGGAGAAUCACUUCCACCCCACAGUUGCGCUGUGGGCAGGCAAAAUAAUGAAAGGCGAAAAAGUUAAUUAUCCUGGGGACCCUUUGAAGGACUUCACGACGAUCCGAUUCUUGGACAGGUUUGCAUUUAAAAAUCCUAAAUCCCUUGAAGACAAAACGGGCGCCCAUCCAACGUUCGGAAAAAGGAAAAUGUACAAACCGAAAGGAGUGAAGACGCUUCGGGUGAACACGAAAGGCUACCUGAAUGAAGACGAGAAGAAUAUUCCUGUCGACGAACUGUUCCUCUAUUCGUAUCUCCAACAAAGAUACCAGGAUAGAUCAACGUUUAAAGAUGAGGAUGACAGCGAUCUGGAGUCCGUACAGAGCGACGAAUUUGAGGAAAUGCUUGAAAGAAUGCCACAAUUUAAAGAUGCAGUUGGAGAUGCAGAUCUUGAUUUUAUGGGCGAAAUUGGCGAUAACCUCAAGAAACAGAAGAAGGCAACUAAGAGGAAAUCUACUCAAGAUUCUGACGAGGAAGAUGAUCAGCUAAGUGAUGAAGAAGACGGGCUCAGUGAUGAAGAUGAUGGGCUCGAUGACGAGGAAGAUUUGAUGGACGGUGAUGACUUUGAGGGUGAAGAUGAGGACUUGGACGAAUUAGAGCCUACGGAGGAAGAUUUCGCUCUUCUUGAUGGGCUGAGCGACGGCGAAGAAGACAUGGAAUUUGGAGGCUCGGACUCAGAAGAUGAGAUGAAACCAAAGAGAAGCUCGAAAAAGGGAUUGAAAAAGAAACAUUCAAAGAACGAUGUUGGCUCGCUUUUGGCAUCGGCAGAUGAAUUCGCCGCAUUGCUUGACGAUGAAGGCAGUUCCGUGCAUAAACCUGGCAGUUCAAAUGUUAUGGAUAACAAGGAUAAAGCUAGUCAAAAGCAACUAAAGUGGGAAGAAAGCCGAAACAGGUGGCUCAAAGGAUUCAAUAAAGCGACAGGUAAAGAAGGGCGCAGUUUCUCGAAAAAACGACCCAGCAAAACCAUGCCAGGAAACUCGAGUAAAAAACCUAAAAGGAAAUAAGGCACGGGGAUAGUUUUUGUUUGGUCCAAAUGUCCGUAUUAACGUAGAAUAGUUUUAUUCAAAUAAAACAGAAUACGAUUA